GAGCCCCGCGAGGGAGGGAGGGAAAAGAGGGAAGGAAGGAGAGAGGCUCUUCGCCUGGUUCUGUUGGAGGGGGGAGGCUCAGGAAAGCAGCUGGGCUGUUCGCAUCACGUCAUCGCUUCCGCCCCGCUUCCUCCUCCUCCUCCUCAAGAGUGCUGGCGCUGAAGAAUCCAACAUGGAGUAAAGGCAGCGAUGGGGCUCGGAGGGGGCCGCCGGCUGCUCCUCUUCUCGGGCCCGCGCUGCCUCCCCGCGCGCUGAGCCUCACGCGGGCAACGCUCUCUCUCCCCCCCUCCCUCCCCUUUUCGCACGCGCACCCCCUCUUUCUCCCCCUCCCCCCUCCUCCUCCUCUCCUCUCUCUCUCUCCUUCCGCGCAAUGUGAGGCUCGGGAGAAGAAAAUGCGGGCCGCCCGCAGCGGGGGAUGAGCCUCUUCCAGGAGGAGAAAAUGACCGAAGACACCCACCCGGACGAUGACAGCUAUAUUGUGAGAGUCAAAGCUGUGGUUAUGACCCGAGAUGACUCCAGCGGAGGAUGGUUACCACAAGAAGGAGGUGGUCUUAGUAGAGUUGGUGUCUGCAAGGUCAUGUGCCCAGAGGGCAAUGGAAGAAGUGGGUUUCUGAUCCAUGGAGAAAGGCAGAAAGACAAACUGGUGGUAUUGGAAUGCUAUGUGAAAAAAGACCUUGCAUACACGAAAGCAAACCCCACGUUUCACCACUGGAAAGUUGACAACAGAAAGUUUGGGCUCACUUUUCUAAGCCCUGCAGAUGCACGUGCAUUUGAUAGAGGGGUGAGGAAAGCCAUUGAAGAUCUCACAGAAGGAUCUACAACUUCAUCAUCAACCAUCCACAAUGAGACUGAAGUUGGAGAUGACGACGUCUUUACAAAUGCUACAGACAGCUCUUCGAAUUCUUCUCAGAAGAGAGAACAGCCUUUGCGAACAUUAGCCUCUCCUCCAUCCUGUGAGCAUCACAGAAUUUGCACGCGUGGUCAUAUUCAUGACCAGUUUAGUCCUGACCACUACCAUCUAGAACAAUCAAUCUCACGGCCAUAUCGGCAUGUCAGCUUCCCAGAUGAUGAUGAAGAAAUAGUUCGGAUUAAUCCACGGGAAAAGAUCUGGGUGACCGGUUAUGAGGACUACCGCCAAACCCCUAUGCGAGGAAAGUACAUUGAUCAGGACGAUGGGGACUCCUACGUGCGGUUUGCCAAACCUGAAGCCUCCAAACACGAUUACAAUUACCCCUAUGUAGGCAACUCUGACUUUGAUCCCAGUGAAGACAUUAAGGGUGCAGUGAUAAAGACUCAGCCUGCCAGGUGCAAAUCGCGGCGGCGGAAGGAGGAUGGAGAGAGGUCGCGGUGCGUCUAUUGUAGGGACAUCUUCAAUCACGAGGAGAACCGGAGGGGACAGUGCCAAGACGCCCCGGAUCGGGUGAGAAGCUGCAUCCGCCGAGUCAGCUGUAUGUGGUGCGCGGACAGUAUGCUCUAUCACUGUAUGUCUGAUCCGGAAGGAGACUAUACAGACCCUUGUUCUUGUGACACCAGUGAUGAAAAGUUUUGCCUCCGGUGGUUGGCCCUUAUCGCCUUGUCUUUUAUCGCUCCUUGUAUGUGCUGUUACUUGCCCCUCCGGGCUUGUUAUCACUGUGGGGUCAUGUGCAGGUGCUGUGGUGGGAAACACAAGGCAGCCGGAUGACAAUCCUUCAAGCUCCUUCGAAGAACUUGGCCUUUUCUCCUUUGCCCUAAGGAGCACCUUGGUCUGGAGCACUCUCAGAUUUUGCAUACAUCCCUGAUACAGCCUGGGAGGGAGCCUGCCAACAUCCAGAAACCAGUUGGGCGGCUGAUACUUUCCCCCCUCCCCUCCCACCUGGCUGCUAUGCAUUGAUUACUCACUGAAUUCUAACAGACUAAUGUGCAGCAUAGACUUUUGUAUUAUUGAUCUGUAAUCAACCAGAAUGUCCUGUACAUGUUUAUACCUUCCUUCCCUCUCCUGCCCACCGAGACACGAAUGGUUGCGUAUGGUGGACUUCAGGACAUCUCACGGUGAUCCCUGUAUUUAGCAAACUAUUGGUGCAUGUGAAAGUAUGGUACAAUGGAGCAAAAUCCCAUUUUUAAGUGUGUGCAAUUUGCAGCCAGUUAGAGAGGGAGAGUAAUUGUGUGUGUGGUAGAACCUGUGUGAGUGUGUGUACAGAAGAUACGCUAGUAAGAAAAGUGUACCAUGACACAGUAUUGCUGACAAUCUCUAUUGAAAGAAUUCAAGCAGACUGCAGUUUCUUGAGUGUCUGCCAGUUAUCUUGACAGUUGUUUUGAGUGAUUUUCUGUUUGUCAAAUAUUUGAGUGGAAUGUAGGAAACAAGCCUUAGUAUCAUAUAUAAUAUUUGAGGAUCUGAGUAGUCUCAGACCAGUUUUACACAAGAAGGGAAAUUUUCAAUAAGUGUCUUUUCUAUUCCUCACCCUUAUUCUUUCAUCACUUGACAUUAGAAAACAUAGUGUUAGUGUUGAUGUUCUUCACGAUGAUCAUAGAUCGUGCCUACAGUGUUUCCAUCUGAAGCAAAGGGGAA